AUGAAUCAAAGAUUUAAUAGUGUUCCUCGUUUGAAAAUCGCAACCUCCUUACAAGUAGAUUAAAAUAGUGUUGCCAACUCUCCAACUAUAUUUCAUACUCCAAGAAGAUAAGUAACGGAAUCAAACAAAUAAAAUUAUUUCCAUAAAUUGUCAUAUUAAGAUUAAUGGAAGUCAGAGAGAUUGAUUAAAUAUGUUAGACACAAAAUAAUUGAUAAAGGAAUCAAUAAGAAACAAGGCUUUUAACAAGUUUUCCUUAUUCACAACUUCAAAGUCUUUUAGUAUUAUGUACCACUGUAUACAAAAAUUGAAAAUGAAAGCGAGCUCAUAUCUGAUUUCAUUGAUUAAUGUAUGCAUCUCAAAACCCUUUUGAAUUUAAAGUCCACUCCAAAAAUUUGGACUCUAGAAGGCACUUAGAUUAAAAAUUUCCAUUUACUCAAUUAAAAGGUAUUUUAUAUUAAUAACAGCUUUGAUUUUUGGAAUAUGAUAGCUCAUUAUAAUUAAUUUCUUGGUUCCUUUCAAAUGAACCUACUCGAAUCAAUGUAUUAAGACAUCUCAAAGUUUUCAAACUCUACUCAAAUCUUUGACUAUUUUUUUAGCAUCAAUAGCAAAAUCAGAUUUUAUUUUGCUUCACAAAUUAAUAAAUUACCUUAAAUAUAAAAUUCACAAUCAAAAAUUAAUUUGGAUGAUCAUGAAAUUGAAACUGCCUUUGCAAUGUUAGAUACUGAAAAACAGAAAACCAAAGUGUAAAUCUUUGAAUAAUUAAAUAAAGAAAUGAAUAGCAAAUCAAACUACUCCCAAAAAUCCAAUAAACUAAUUAAAUUGACCAUUAAAACUAGAACAAGAUAAUCGAUUGAAUAAUAAAUCUUACAAGAAAAUAUCAUCAAUCCUGAAGAUUUGCAAUAAUAAAUUCAAGAAUAAGUAGAAGGCUCGAAUGUAUUCAUACCUUCAACUCAAAAUAUUGAAAUUUCAUAAGUUAACAGUCCAUUUCAAUUAAAAACUAAUUUAAAUGAUAAAUACUUUAUGAAAAAUGUAAAUAUUGACAAAAUUUAAAUGGAUUAUAAAAUUACUCGGAGACAAACUAUCAAUUUUCUAACAAUAUUUAAAUGUUUAUUAAAUCGCGAAUCUCAACCAAGCAAAUUAUUGAUAUCCAAGGCCAACUUACUCUUGGCUUACCCAUAUCUAAUGAUGGAAGGAUAAUCAUGCGGCUAUGACACAUUCCUGUUUAUAAAGGAGACAAAAAUGACUAGUUUUAGUUUUGAAGAAUUUGUAAAGAUAUUCACUUAAGGCAAAGCAUGA